AUGAUGCCAAUACUAGAACAAAGUCCUGCCCAUCAUCAUCAUGGUCAUGGUCACCAAGCCUAUUACCAUCAACAACAUUCACCAGAACAAAAUGGCAAGAUACAAUUGACACUUAUCUUACCAAAUGGUGUUCCAUCCGUCAUCAAUGUUGAUGCCAAUACUCCAAUGAUGGAUUUACUAGUACAUGCUGCAUCAUUGAACAAACUUAAUCCGAGUAGUUAUUCACUCGUUGUACUUGAUUCCAACCAGCAUGUUAUACAUUUCAAGGCGAAUCAAACUGUGGGCCAAAUUGUUAGAAACUGUCGUUUACCACAAAUAAACGGUAAUCUGUCAAGUUCAUCAACUAUCAGUCUUCUUCCCAAAGAACCAGUGCACGGUAACUCAACAAGCAAACCGAAUUCUCAACCAUUUGAGAUCACCGUUCGUUUACUAGUUAACCUACCUGACGCACAAAAAAUUCUCUUGCGUGUUGAUCCGACACUACCAUUAUACGAAAUCAAAGAGCAAAUUUGCAAACAAAAGAAGUACACUCAAUCCAACCAAUAUACUCUACGUCUACCAAGUAAACUCGAUCAACCGCUUUUACUUGGCCUAUCAUUAGCUGAAUAUAAAACGAAUGAAUUAACAUUGGUCUAUCAGAAAAACUCACAAUUCGAUUAUCAAAGUCCUUCAAAUGAGCAUCAAUCUUUUGAUCGCCUCUAUCGUACACGUUCAGAGACUCAAACACCGAAAGAAACAGUUCAAGAAGUAGCAGUCAUCGAGCAACAAGAAAGUCCUAGAAAACAGGAUCGACUUGUGAAUACAAUUCGUCCAUCGCAUACAUCUCUACACGCGUAUUGGAACGACCCGAAUUUUGAUACACAAUCGCAAAUCUCGAAUACAUCAUCGACAACAAAGAAACGUCGUGCACCUAAACCGCCUGGCCACCUUGGCCCGAGUCGAACUGAACCACAGAUUGUUUAUAUUCAUCAACAACAACCACCGAUGCAAGCUCGUUCGCCGUCGCAGCCUUUGCGUAUCGAACAUCAUCAGAGUCAAGAAUCACUUCAAGCAGAAAAUACAAAGAAGAAACGAAAAGCUCCCGUUAUGACCAUAGUCAAUACCGUAGAGAAACAAGAUGAAAAGGAACAACAUCACAAUGUGUCAAUUGAAACUACUCGACCAACUUUAGAACCUCCACCGCCACCUUCAUCGAAAAUUGAUAAUUUUGACGAAGAUCUCCAUAAAACACCAACUGUAGAACAACAGUUAACUGAACAAACACCUAGAAAUGACAUAUCAAAACAGGAUUCAACUCAGAUGCAAACACCAACUCUAGAAAUUCAAACAAAUUCUCAACCGACAACUGUCGAGAUACAUUCAUCGCCAGUAUCAAAUCGUUCUCCGGAACAAGUAGAAGUCGAGACAGCAUAUUCUACACCAGCGAUUAUCGAUCCACAAGAAGAAACAAAAUCGAAAGAAAAAGUAACUCCGUUGAAGAUCGAGCCGACUGUGCAACCAGAAGUUGUUAAAACACCAGCUGCAAGUUCUCCAAUGCCGAAACCACCUCGUCAAACCCCACAGAAAGAAAAGAAGUCAUCAACUAUCGAUGGUCUUUUACGUAUUGUCCAUGAUCAUACUGAGCGAGGAAACAAUUAUCAACAAAAUGAAAAACAAGAAAAAGAAACCAAUGAGAAUGUUUCAUAUUUUCGUGUUGCCAAAAGUCGUUAUGGUAAAUUCGAAACUGACAAUCGAGGAUUCGUUCAUAACUCGGUUGCCAUAUUCGAUUCAACAAAUCAACAGAAAUUCGGCCAACCUGUAACUAAAGCAUCGCAUCCUGCUGAAGUUUCGUCGAAAGGUAAACAAGCUUACAAUUUAUUGAAGAAAUACGAAAAAGAAGAUGAAACACAAUCUAUGGUGACAAGAGAAAAGUCUCCAACCCCAAUUCAACUUGAAGUGACCGAACGAACUACUCACAUCACAGUUACUGUCGAAAGUGAUCGUAAACAAUUGAUAACUCGCGCGUCACCUGUUGCACACCAGCCAGCACCACCGAUCGUAGCACCGAAACCAGUCGGUAAAACUAUUACCGAAUAUCGUACCAUUCGUCGUAUUGGUAAUGUGGGUGGUGAAACAAACACUACGAUGACUACGACCACAUCCGAAGGAACAACGACGAUAAAAGACGUCGUCAAUCGACGAUUACCAUCGAUCGAAAAUGAAGAUCGCUUGAGUAAUCAUUCUGGCGCAUCUCAUGGAGAAUUAAUGGAAUCAAUUCGACGAUUUGGUGGUUCACAAAAUUUAGGAAGAAAAUAA